AUGUCUGAUCUUUUUAGGGUAUCAGGAGACUGUCAAGCUAAUGAGCGAUAUGGAUUGUAUAGAUAUACAUCCAGUCUCAAGAAAUUUCGAAUAGAAUCCGAUGCCCCAGAUCUGAUUCGAAUAGAAAGAGCGUUUGUGUUAGCUACAAAUCCUUCUUCAUUUAGAGUUCGCGAAUCGGUUUUGGAACCGUACUUCUUGUCGAAUACAACGGUCGCUAUCGAAGAAUAUCUACCUGGUUAUGGUAGUAUUGGUUGUGCACGUUUCUGA